AUGAUUGAAUGUCUCGACGAUUGGACAGAUGCCCUAAUCCAUAAAUUGAAAGAAUUGAAAUUUCAUCCUAUUCUUAUUAAUUGGAUCACCGAUUUUCUCAGGGAAGCUUAUAGUGGCGUGCCCCAAGGCGGUGUUCUGUCACCAGUGCUGUUUAACAUUUUCACUGCGGAGAUUCCUAGUCUGUUUCGGGGACUUGGUGUCUCGGUAAAGAUGUACGCAGAUGAUGUUACAAUCUAUAAGAGGAUAUGUGGGCAGCCCGACUGUGAAGAACUUCAGAGCUAUUGA